AUGGCAGCCUACACCACCGCCGCAAGUGCUCUGGUCGAGCAUCGAAGUGCUCGCCGCGCCACCGCCAGCACUCUCCCUCCACCGCCACCUUCUCCGCCAAUGCAGCCUCCGGUCGCCAUGACCAGCAGAAAACUUCGCGGCACGCUACCGCGCGAUGCAAUGGGCAACAUCGUAUGGGGCCCCAUCCCCCUCUACGAGGCUCAUCUGGCUCUGCCACGCAUGCCGCCUCCAGCUCCACCAGGUCCAGCAUAUGUGCGCUUCGACUCCUUCCAUCUCACUCCUGGUGAGAAGGUCAAGAUGAAGACCCUUGGGGUCGAUGGCAAGCUGAAUGUGUUGGGGUAUUGCCUCGCGCGCCGCGUGCAAUACAUCUUCGAGAUACAGCCUCAAGAUGGGUGCCGCUGCCUUCUGGACAUCCGCGAUGGAUCCUACCAUUCGCUCUUCGAAUGGGAUCAUGAGAACGACUUGCCUGCUUGGGUGCCGACUCAGCAGAAAGGCACCGGCCAUGCCACUGGCCCACCCUUUGGCUCAUACACCAAUCCCACUGGCAACGGCACCCGCCCAUCGGUCAACGUUCAGUCCGUCGGAAGCGCAUCAGCACCACUCAAAUUCUACUCCUCCGACAAUCCGCUCCCAUCACUACCAUCACUUGACCUCCAGGUUGCUCAGAUUGGCUCAUGGAUGAAGAGCAUCAGAGACACACUAUCAGGCACCGUCACAGUCGAUGGCUUCAAGGGCAAGUACGACAACCCAGGCCAACACUUCGUGGACGCUUGCAACAACGCAGAGAACUGGUGUCGCUGGAUCUUCGAAUUUGCAGUCAACGAGAACAGCAGAUGGGACACCGAUCUGAUUCCAUACAUCAAGGCGAAAGAUCAAGGCUUCAAGGGCUCGUGGUGGAAACAGCUGGGCGGUGAGCUUGAGGAAAUGAAGGGUACGAAGAGACGCGCAGCUCUGGCGAGUGCUGCUUCGCCUUUCGUGAAACUUUUUGCGCAGUUUGAUAAGGUCGAUGCUCUGUUCUCGAGAGGACAGCCUGCGAAAGGAUGA